AUGGAAGAUUUGAAACUGUUAACAACGGAUGCUCAACUAUACAAGGCUGAACAAAUAUGGGACAGACUGCUUGUAUUGCUAUUAAAGUUGAGAAAACAGAAUCACAUGCAUCGUUUACAGAGUAUUGAACUGCAAGAUAUCAUAACCAAGUAUUUGGAGUAUAAUCGACCCAGUUUACAGGCGAUAAACGCAUAUACACAGUUGUACAAAUAUAAACGCUGGAGUCAAGAGGAUCAAUUUGACAUCAAGCUUAUGGCUGAUAUUAUUGCUCACGAUUCCGAUCAAGAAAUGCUCACAUUGGCAAUUGACCUGUUUUUGAAAGUUUGCCAUGAUAUUGACGAUGAAAAUUUUGGCAUUGUGGUAUCAAGACUCGUUUCACGACUGGAAUCAUCCAGUGGUUCAGUUGCUGUUGGUUUCAUCGAAAAUCUUGAAACCAUGUAUUGGAAGAUUCAUCGUCAUGACCCAGUAAAAGCAGCGGAAUGUGGCAUCAUUCCAGCACUGGUCAAUACGCUCAGGAGUGUCGAUCAAGCAGUGAUUGAUCAAAGUAUUGAUACUAUUCAGAGUUUUUGCAAACAUGCAGAUUGUGAAGUGAUUUCAGCCGAGUUUAUAAGGUCGGGUUUGAUUCAAACAUUGAACGACUUGUAUAUCAGAUACAGCGACAACUCUGGGCUAAAAACACGCAUAAUCAAGAUGGCUGGAACAGUUGCAUCCAAAAUGCGGGACUUUCCUGUAUCGCUUGUACGAUCGUUGAUUUUUGAGCAAUUGACGAUAUCGAUGUGUGAUGUCGAUAUGAAUGAUCCUUUGCGUCUGUUUAAUAAUGUCAACGACAUGAUUCAGAAAUCUACAAACAAGGCCGAGAUGAUCAAGGUGUUUCAAGAUUAUGGAAUUGUAAAGCAACUCAACACUAUUUAUUCACGUACAGAUAUACGUUUGUGUGAUUAUGAUAGUGGUGACACUAGUAUUGUAAAACUACUCAAAACACUUGUUGAUCUUGCCGACAAUCAUCCCGACAGUUCAAUACGUACCGAGUUGGAUCAAGGCAGGAUAUUUGAAAAUCUAAUGGCUAUUGUAAAAUCGAAUACUACUGAUCACAGAAACAAAAGGAUUGCUGGCCAGAUCAUUAAAACGUGUUUCCAGCAUCGGGUUCAUGUUGCUAAUUCGGACAUUUGGCCAUACAACGACAAUGCCGAAAUUGAUAUGAAAUCUGGAAUGGCCGGAGAUACACAUGGAGAUGCACGCACACUUGUCGAAAUGCAAUAUAUCCAGUAUCUGCAAUGUAUACUUUGCAAACCCAUGUGGUGGAUCGAUAUCACAAACCAGCAUAUUGUGGAGCAAUGGAGGGCCGACUCACUCGAUCGGAAUAUAUCACCAUCAACAUUUAAUCUUGCAUUGGAACAACUCGGAGUAGUAUAUAAAUAA